GGUACAGCGGGAACCCGUGGGGCUCGCGAGUCCCGUCAUCGUCGUCAUCGUCGUCGUUACAUGCGUUCUAAUAAUGAUCAUCUCCAUCAUCAUCAUCACCACAACCACCACCACCACGAGCGCAUGGCCCGAGCUGCCCAACUAAAACUUCAUUCUCAGCAGCUGCGGUGCUGCGUUGUGUUGCAUCAUCGCCGUCGUCCUUUAUUUCCUUGGAAUUAAAAUAGCGAUCGUCGUCGUCGUUAUUAUUUAUAUCUCAACGUGUGCAAGCCUCUCAGGGGCUGCUUCAAAGGUCCCUCCCGACGAGUGAUGGCCACCCAAGCUCUGAUCCGCAGACAGAAGCCGAAGCUGAAAGUCUGGCUGUCGCGUAAUCCGAGCUUCCUGCUGGAUGCGCUCGACAGCAAGGAGAUUAUCCCACGUGACUUCUACCACUCGGCGAAUGACAUCCAGAAUCGCGGCGAGAGGGCUGGCUACAUGCUGGACUUCUUCAUCGACACGGGUCGGGCGCACAAGCUUUUGGAGGUGCUCAAUGACGUCAAAGACGAGUAUCCGCAGCUGCUCACGUGGCCGCCACUCUUCUUCUGCUCGCCGACCAUCAACCGCAACUCGGUGAACCCGUGGCUAGAAUGCAACGCGGACGGGAGGACGUUGACGGCCACCGAGCUGCACCAGGGCUACCCUGAUCACAGCGAACGCUUCGCCGAGUGGAAGGUCGCUCUGUGCUCCGAGAACUUCUCAUCGGGCCGCCACUACUGGGAGGUGUGCGUGAAGCAGGCAGAGAUUUUCCGCGUGGGCAUCGCGUACGCCAUCAUAUCGCGAAGGGGCUCGCAAUGUGAGACCUGGCUGGGCCAGAACAGAGCAUCGUGGUGUUUGUGCCGGAGGCCCAAUGGUUAUUUCAUGGCGCACGAUGGCAUUGAGACCCCGCUGAACAUUUCGCAGCUGGAGAAGGACAAGAUCGGGGUGCUUGUGGACGUGGACCAGGGCUUGUUAAAUUUUUACGACGGUAAUACCGAGAGUGUGCUGUACAUGUUCCGCAUCGACCACUCUGCGGGCAGCGUGCACGCCGCGUUCAUGGUUGGCCAAGGUUCGAUCACGAUCGUCGCGUAGCAGGGAGCACUUCCAGAGUGGCCACUGUGAGUUGUGCAUCGCAUUCACUUUCCGAUACUACCAUAUUCCCAAGGUGAUAAGACCCUCCGGAAAGUAAGACGUAACCCCAAAGUUGUGCUUGGUGUCAAGACUAUAAGAUGCACAGCGACUUAUUCUUUGAAAUGUGCAUCUUUCUCUUUAUGAUGCAGAACUCUGUGUAAUUAUGGGCAACUAAAACUCAAGAUUCGAACCCAUGAUCACGGCGGUGCUGGCGCAGUGUUUUGACCCAUGAGACACUCGAUCACGACAAUUUACGCUUGUGAAACGGUCAGCCAAAGUCGUCGCACUUGUUACGACAUCCUCUUCGUGCUUAUUGACUGCCCAGCGUUGGUGUCAAUAAGUGGGCGUGGUAACAUCAGCUGAGAAUUUAAAUAUCUUAGGUGGGCUAUGGAGAGUUUAAAUUAAACUGGCGCCGGUGAUCUAUGAAUAUAUGAAUGGAAUGUGGACUAUCAGGUUUAUUUUGUUAACACAGGUGGCUGGGAUUACCACGAAAUGUGGGUUAUAAAUGAAUGGUGUCCUGGUAAAAAAAAAAGAUUUUCCACAAAAUGUGUUUGUCCAGUAAAUAGACUUUUGUUGAGGGAAAGCUUUCCAUUAAGUGGAUGAAAAAGUAAAUGGCUAACUUAAUUGUGCGGCCAUCUGUGGGAGAUUAUACAGUAAAACUAAUCGCCAUCAUCAUAAUGCACAAACAUCUAAAGAAGGUGAUCCCGAAAUAAAGACAACUUGGUGUAAAAAUAUCAAUAUUACAUAGGCAUAGCGUACAUGCAUACACAGCAAACAGAUGGCCUCCGCAACAAAUAGGCACUCUUAAGACAAUACAAGUGACAAAAAACAAAUAAACAUAGUCCACACACAGCCGCAAACACUGCCUGAGUGUGCGCACGCACACACUGCACGCACACACAGCAUACAGCCAUAGAGCCCACACAGCACACACAGACCCAGUAAACACAGAACGUUGGUCCAAGUUCCGACCACAUGCCCAACGUUGGCAUGUCGACGUUGAGCUUUAUAAUGUCACGGGGUGACCAAUAAGGUCUGCAUUGGUCUAAUAAGGUAGGCACUGAUAAGGGGUUGAUUCGCGCUCAUGGCCAACACCAGUAAUGAUUUUCUAGACUGGUCCUGGGCCUCCCCUAGGUCGACUCAGCCUCAAAUGAGUACAAAGGCGGCCGGCGUGGUGCUGGCCACCUACCCGCUCGUGUGCCGUAGGUGCUACUCGCUAACAGCACUUGCCCCUACAGUCUGCUAAGGCUAUACGGGGGACUAUUUGGCGUAGUGUGACUGACAUCGGCCCUGGUGCAAGUGAAUGCAGGUGUGGAGUGAUGUGCGAUUAAUUGCACGGAUGAUAUUUUACCUGUCUCAAUGUACUAGACGGGACUGGUAUAGAUUGAAGUAUGGCUCCUCCACUCACGGUGCAUCAAGGGGUGGGGCGGGAGGAGGGAGCUGCUCUUCGUCUGAUGUUACUAAUGUGAGAUUAAAUAGAACACUGCCUUUCGUAGCAGAUAAGUGAUUGCACUAUGAAGAAGGGCCGUUGCCCGAACCGUCCCCUAUUAUGUUUCCUUUUAAAGCAGCUAAUGACUAAAGUUUUUUUUAUUUGUGCUUCUGAACCACUGCCAUUACACAGCGUCACCAACUUAUUUGUUUUAUUGUGAGAUAGGUGGUCAUAGUCCGAUGUUAAGAUCGGGAUCGUGGUGAUUCGCGUUGGGAAAUGUGUUUAUGUUCGAUGGCGUUCAACUUAUCAGUGGCUGCGUGAGCCGCAUGGCUAAAAUUGCUGCGGUUCGUGUUACAAUUUAUUCAUAUCUCACUUUUAUUUCUCGCGUUUCGCCUCUCCUUCAACUCCACUGGCUUCCCGUUUACAACACCGCUCUCGUUUUAAAUACCUGACGGUCGUCUUUAAAUACAUCUCCAUGGCCUUGCCCGACCUCAUCUUUCCACUCAUCCCCUUCCAUGUCCCCUCCAUUCGUACUCUUCAUUCCCAAUUUUCUCUGCCUCUCUCUGUCCCACCUUUUCCCCUGUGCCCAAUCCCGUGUUCGGUCCUUCUCCCUCAUUGCACUGCUCCAUUGGAAUGCAUUUCUCUUGUACAUUAAACAGCCGCCCUCAUUAACCUCAUUCCGCUCUUCUCUAUUGAAAAAAUUUCUUCCUUUUCCCUCCACUCGCCCCUCCACGCCUUCACGUCCAUUCACGACCCUUUCGUGACCCCUAAGUACCCCUCUAUCGCUCUCACUCAUUCCUCAAUCUUUUUACGCUCCUGCCAUCUAAAUCAUUCCAUUAUGUUACCGUUUUGUCAAGCGUCUUGAGUGAAGCCGCUCUAUAAAUAUAAUAUAGAUUAAAUAUUCGUUGCGGCGGUUGUGAUCCCACUCGUAUGUGUCGUUAUGUGGACU